UAUUACACUAAAGGUCUUUGCGUUUUUACCAGCUCGGAGAAUAUUCGUACCCGACCUCAGCUAUCUUAUCUACUGUUUGCUCAAGAACACCGCAGUCUUUAUUAGUUUCCAAACGCAUCUCCUGAAAUGUAAAUUGUUGAGAGAUGGGAUUGCAAUUGAUUCUGGUUUAGACUGAGUAAUGGGAAAACUCCUUUCCCAAGUGGAUACUGAAGCAUCAGUAUCUCCCAUGAUGAAUAUCUUGACAGAAAAAAAGAAAAAGAGGAAAAAGAAAGGAAAGGAACAAGUUGAAGAAUCUGCAGUACAAGAGGUUACAUCUAUGGAAUCUGCAGGAAUGUCCCCAAAAAAGAAGAAGAAAAAGAAGAAAGAUAUCAAAAGUCAGCAUGAAAUUUUAGAAGUUGUAACAGAAAAACCAAAGAAAGAAAAGAAGAAAAAGAAAAACAAGAAGCUGGAUGAAGAUCAAAAUGAAGUGAGUGUACACAGCAGCAACAGCAGCAGAAUGAGCAAAGACGACUUGAGUACAUCAGCGGAUGCCUCCUCUCCAUCCAAAUCUCCCAAAACAGCUGUGGAAUCGUCUAAUAAGAAGCGAAUGCUAGAAAACAGCACACACAGCCCAGCAAAAAAGAGGAAGAUGCAGAAAAGUACUGAAAGGUCCCGAAGCAAAACGGUGUCCAUAUCAGAGGAUGUUAAUGGUGGUGUUCUUGAGCCUCUACCUUGGUCAGUGGAAGAGGAGGAAAUUCUGCUUGAAAAGAUGAAGGAGCAGCUGCCCAAGAAGGACACGAAAAGUUUUCGGGUCACGCUAAAACAUUUAAAGUGGGACGAAGUUGCAUUUGGGGGUCGGACUGCUGAAGAUUGCAAGACCAAAUUUAUGGAAAUUAUCUCUAAGUUUAAUGCAAUGAAGUCACUUACAAUGAUGGUACAAGAAGCUAAAGAGCACUCGGUAGACUAUGCAUCCAGGAAGAAGCGAGUCUUACUGCCCAUACACCGCUUCAUGAAAGAUGCUAUAGAAUCAGGGAAGUUGCAGCCAGCGCAAAAAAGUGGGGGAAAAUAUCUGGCAGCAGUUCAUGAAGCAUGGAGGAAUUUAUCUGGUAAAGAAAAAGAAAAAUAUGAGGCAGAAUAUAAUGAAGAAUUGCAAAGGAUGAGCGUUUCUCUGAAGAGUUUUGGUGUUACGUUUAAGGAGCGAAAGUACAAAGUACGAAAAGACACAGGACUGCCAAAAACUCCAUUAGAGAUAUGGUGUUCAGAACAGAAGAAUGAGAUUAAAGGCAACCCAUCCGAAUCUAAUUAUCCUAAGGUUGUUUAUGCUGGUCUUGAGGAUGAUGUGAAAUUGAAAUACAUUACUUCAUCACUGAGAGAAAUGCACGAUUUUGAGAAGAAGAUUGAGGCACAAAAAGAAAGCAAUCCAGAAGAUAAUGUUCCCCAAAUUCGUGGCCCAACCAAAGUUGAUUUAAAGAUAUAUCUAAAGGCUAAGGGUCUUCCAGAGGAUCAAUUUACCAGACCUUUUACUGUGUUUUAUCAAGAGCUGCUGGAGGCUGGAGAGUUGGACAACAUUCAAGGGAAAGUUAAGCUCAUGUCCGUUAUGGAGAAGUUCAAGCAUCUACCUAAAGAUAGACAAACACAAUAUAAAAUUCAGGCUCUGAAGAAUAAGGAAGAUUAUGAAUCAAAAUUGGCUGCCUGGGAGAAGAAACAGGAUGAGUUAACUUUGUACGCAAGACAGAAAUUUGUUAACAAAAAGUCUAAAAGGGUGUUGAAAAAACCACUGGUCACUGUAAAAGCGAAGAUGCCUGAAGUUUUCAGCAAUGUGGUUCAUUGUGAUUCAACAUGUCCGUCAUUCCACGAUGAACCACCUAAUCCUCCCCCCACCCCCUUCAAGCUCUUUUGUUUGAAAUGUGAGCAUUCUAUUAAACAGGAAUUUGAAACGCCAGCUCAAAAAAGAAGUGUGCUUGCAAAGACAUGGGAAAAUUUUCCGUAUGAAAAGAAGUUUGCUUAUUCCAGACGCUGUGAGGAACUCAAGGAAAAGUAUGAAGCUCGCUUGAUACAGUAUGUCCAAAACAUGGACAAAAAGAUGCGCAAAAUUUAUUUGGGUUUUCGUCGCCAAAAUUUGUAUUUGUAUUUUAAACGCGACAUAUUUCAGAAUUCUUAUCCAAAUGAAAAGUAUCCAGUAUAUGCGUUAUCUCCAAAGAAGAAGAAGAAGAAGCAGAGGGUAGCAUCAGAGAGCGAUGAUGACUUUGUUGCCGAGCCAGUAUUGGCCAGUGACAGGCAUAUCAAGGAAGGAAAGUCAAAAAAGAACAUUGCAGUUGAGAAAAGUCAGUCUUCUAUGCCUUUUAAAAGAAAUGAAAAUAUAACAUCUAAGACUAAAAAAGAUGCCAAAAGGCAGCUGCUAGGAAGCAAAGUUAAUAAGUUAGAUGGGAACAACACAAAAUAUAAAAGCAAGUCACAUGUGACCACUUCUAAAUCUGCAAAAGUAGCAAACUGUAUUGGAUCAAAUUCUCCUCUUGUUGGUUCUGACUCGAGCACUGGUAAUGAGAGAAAAAGAAAAAUCUCAAGAGAUGAGAGCUUAGAAGAAGAACUGGAGCACAAUAAGCCUUCAAGCAGGUUAUCAGCUAAAAGAACCAAACCCACAAUCAUAACGAAUGAAUUAGAAUCUGAAAUUGAUUCUGAUGUUGACUCGGACUGUAGUGAAGUUCAUAUAGACAAAAAACAAAAUAGUUUUAAUACUUCUGUGGAAGAUUCUGUAAGUGAUGAUUCAGACUUUGUGGAAGACCUUGUAAAAUCAAAACCUAAUAAAUUAUCUACUGAGAAAUCACCAUCUAAAAAAGAAAAAUCUAUCAUGACUCCAAUGAAAUUAGAUUCUGAUAACUCAAGUGAUGAGGAGAGUGAUGAAGAGAUAGAAAUUGAAAAACCUAAACCCAAUACAUUUUCUUCCAAGGGAUCGCCAUCUAAAAAAACAAAGUCACUCGUGACACCAAUGGAAUCAGAUGAAUCAUUAGAAGAAAGUGAAUCUGAGGAAGAAUUUGAAAAGCCCAAACCCCAAAAAUUAACUUCCAAGGGUUCACCAUCUAACAGAAAGCCAAUACUAACACCAAAGAAAUCAGAACCCGAUGAAUCAAGCGAUGAAGAGAUUGAAUCUGAGGAAGAACAUGAUAAACCCAAACCCAAAAAAUUAACUUCCAAGGGCUCACCAUCUAACAAAAAGCCAGUACUGACACUAAAGAAAUCAGAAUCUGGUGAAUCAAGCAAUGAAGAGAGUGAAUCUGAGGAAGAACAUGAUAAACGCAAACCCAAAAAAUUAACUUAUAAGGGCUCACCAUCUAACAAAAAGCCAGUACUGACACUAAAGAAAUCAGAAUCUGGUGAAUCAAGCAAUGAAGAGAGUGAAUCUGAGGAAGAACAUGAUAAACGCAAACCCAAAAAAUUAACUUAUAAGGGCUCACCAUCUAACAAAAAGCCAGUACUGACACUAAAGAAAUCAGAAUCUGGUGAAUCAAGCAAUGAAGAGAGUGAAUCUGAGGAAGAACAUGAAAAAACUAAGCUUGGUAAAUCAUCUUUCGAAGAAGAGUCGGUAUUUACACCACAGAAAUUAGAAUCUAAUGACUCAAGUGACGAAGAGUGUGACGCUGAAGUUGGGCCAGCCUGGAAGUCCUCAACUUCAAUAACAAACUACCAGAGUUCAAGUUCAUCGGAUUCUGACUAAGGGGUCUUGAUGUGGAAACUGCAGAGUAAACUUAGAUGGAAGUUCUUACAUGUUUUCACUUAUUAAAAUUAAGACUGAAAUGCCACAUUAUUCAUUUCUUUUAUCCAAAUGAGCAUAGUAGAAUGUAUAAUUUUUUUAAUGAAUUAAAAAAUUUGUUAAUUUGUUUAGUGUUCCCUUUUACCAAUAAAGCUAUUUUACAGAUUUU